UUUUAGCCAACAGUACAGGCGGUGGAUCCCUUUAGAGUGAGGGCGAAAUCCAUCUGUCAUGGUUUCUUCAACCUUACCCCCCUACUGAUACUCUCUCUCUUCGACUUUCUCUCUCUAUCUACCCAUUUCUAUCUCUCUUGAAGAAACCCUUGAUCUGUUCUCUAUCUUCUCGAACCAGGGUUUCAGAUGUCUCAGAACGGGAAGCUUAUGCCCAAUCUGGACCAGCAGAGCACUAAGGUCCUUAACCUUACGGUGCUGCAAAGGAUUGAUCCGUUUGUUGAAGAAAUCCUUAUCACUGCGGCUCAUGUCACCUUCUAUGAGUUCAACAUCGAGCUCAACCAAUGGAGCCGUAAAGAUGUUGAGGGGUCUCUCUUCGUGGUUAAGAGGAACAAACAACCUCGCUUCCAAUUUAUUGUUAUGAACCGUCGCAACACUGAUAAUUUGGUAGAGAAUCUCCUGGGUGACUUUGAGUAUGAAGUACAAGUGCCUUACUUGUUAUACAGGAAUGCAGCCCAAGAAGUCAAUGGUAUUUGGUUUUACAAUCCCCGUGAAUGUGAAGAGGUUGCAAAUCUUUUUAGCAGGAUACUCAAUGCUUUCUCCAAGGUGCCCCCAAAACCUAAGGUUUCAACAUCUAAAAGUGAGUUUGAAGAACUUGAAGCUGUUCCAACUUCAGCAGUAAUGGAUGGUCCUUUAGAACCCUCGUCAUCUUCAACAUCCAGUGCUGCAGAUGUUCCUGAUGACCCUUUCGUUAACUACUUCAAUGCCAGUAUGAAUAUGGGAAACCCUUCAAGUGCUGGAAUUCCAGGCCAACCUUUUCAACCACCACUCUCUCUCUCAACAGCGAACCAUACACCAAGUCCUGCUUCCGCACCUGCCCCUGUUCUGCCAGUUCCUUCUCCUUCCCCCCAACCCUCACCAUCCCCCCUGAUUCCUCUCCUUGAUACUAGUGAUUCAAGCAAUAAUCGACAAGCCAAUCUUGUGAAGCCAUCUUCAUUCUUCAUGCCACCUCCUUCUUCUUCUUCACUUAUGCCACCGCCACCUGUUCCAUCGUCUACCCCUACUGCUCCUCCUUUGCAACCUCCUGUAAAUCUACAGCGUCCAUAUGGAGCUCCAAUGCUUCAGCCUUUCCCACCUCCAGCCCCACCUCCAUCUCUCACGCCAACUCCAACAUAUGGGCCGGUUAUUUCAAGAGACAAAGUUCGGGAUGCUUUGGUGAGACUUUCACAGAAUGAUCACUUUAUAGACAUGGUGCACCGGGAGAUUAUUAACUCACAUUAUUCAUAAAGGGAGAGGACUAGAAAAGUCUUCCUGAUCUUGGUGUAGCCUCCCAGUUUUUGCAUGUCUUACAGGGUUUCAUAGAGUGCAGGUAUUUGUGGAUGUGAAUAGAGCUUUUGUUUGUCACAGUUGUGAUUAUGUAUGCUUCUGGUUGUGGUCGAUACUCAGUGGACAUACUGUUGUUUAUUAUUUAUGAUACUUUUUACCAGUUUCCCUUAGGCGGGUAUAUGUGAAGAAAUUUGCGUUAUAUUACAUUUCCCAUGUCUUCGAAUUUGGAUCUCUACAUGCAGUUUUGUAUAGCAAUUAAAAUGCUAUAGUGGUUCUGUCCC